AGUACUUGGUUAACAAUGGACCUUGAUAGACACCAAUCCACAUCUGAGCUUUUGGCUUGGCCUGUAGACAAGUAAGUCAUGCAUGGACAUGUGACUUGCCCAUGUGACUCCAAAACUCCAUGUUGAGCUGUGCUUCUACACAGGGAGAGAGGGGGGUUUUCACCCACAAGAGAAAAACUAUGUAAAUCCCUGGAUACCCCUCCAUUUUGUCUUCAGCUGGCUCAAGAGUUAGCCUCUCCACCCUCAAGGAUACCUGAAAGAAACUGGAACAAAGGACAGUAACUACAGGGGGUGUGAGUGAUUGCUGGACCCAGACUAGAAGGAGGCUGGUCUGUAAAAGAACAUCUCUGAGGAUGUCACUAGCUGAUCCAGUCACCAGCUGUCUUUCUCCUGCAGUGCAUUAUAUGGUUUGCAAACUUGGAUUUGAGAUAGACAGCCAUUCUGUUAAUAGUAUUGUGUCUGAAAAUGGUGAAGUAUGUUGGAGAACAAUCACAGAGCUUGUGCAUUACCUUGAAUCAGAUCAAAAUGUGGAUUACAUAAAAAGUGUGCAGCUGUUAGGACCUUUAUGUGAAUCUGUUCAUUUGCAUCUACAAUCCCUGACCAUGGAACAGUUUGAAGUUCAGUACUCAUUGUGGUUCCAGUGGACAAACUGUACAGAGCUACUUCUUGAAGUGUUUGCUGCACUGGAGAGCAUGGAAGCUACAGCAAUUGCACUUAGCUUAAUGAAACUAACAUCCUCUCUAGAGCGAGCCUUGGGUGAUGUUUUCUUACUAAUUGGUAAGGACUGUCCAUUCCUUUUAAGAGAUUUGCUUGCAUCUCAGGAGCUUGCUGCAGUCUUUGGACAAUCUGUGAUGAAUGUGCUAAGAGUAUUCAUUGGGUCUCCAUAUGGUUUAAAUCUCCGUAACAUUUUGUGGCAUGGAUUUGCUUCACCUCAAGAAAUUCCUGCAAAAUAUUGCUCUAUGCUGCUUAUUUUAACUGCAGGAUUGGGCCAGUUGCUAAAGAUAUACCUAUUGCAAACUGAAACCAUUUUAGUACAUCGACCUUAUAUAGCCUUCACUAACUUAAAGGAGUUGGACAUUUUUCCAGAUUUUAAUCAUGAAGCACUUUCCUUAACUGAGGAAAUAGCAAAGAUGUCCAGUUUUGUAUUAAAAACAAUGUUACCAUUUUGGAUUGCUGCACUAACAGCUUUCAGGCAACACAGGUAUGCUGACUGUGUUAUACUGUUACUCCCUCAGCUGGAAACUGGUCUUAGAUUACUCUUCACCACAGUUAAUAAGUGUCCAAAUAGACUGUUAACUGCUGAGUCAUCUUCUCUUUAUACCACCUUUGAUGAGAUGCUAACAAAACAGCUGAAUGACAAAGAAAUCAAUCAGCUUCCUCUAAUUCUUGGAGAGUCUUCAAUGGAAUUCCUUUGGGAUUUCUUGAACCAUCAAGAGGGUCCACGUGUAAGAGAUCAUUUAAGCCAUGGAGAGAUCAACUUAAAUGAGUUUCCAAGAGAAAUAGCCAAUCAGAUACUUGCAUUUUCAGUUACACUUUUAUGCAGAUUUUCAGAAGAGGAGGAGCUUGCAGCUCUUAAGGAGCACACAGCCAUUAAAGCACUGAUCAGCUGUGCGAGUUGCUACCGUUCUCGGUUUCAUCCAGUUGCCCAGCUUAAGAAACAGGUGCUGGAGUGUAUGAAGAGCAUUAGUUCAUGGCCUGAGCUUCCUAUAGUGCCUGAAGAGCAAAUUCAAGAUAUUCCAGGGUUGGAAAGAAGUGCAGAAAUUAGUCCUUGUAUUUCUAUAACUACAGAAAUCCUCUCUCAGUUGCAACACCAUUUGCCCCAGAAUUGCUACAUUUUAGAUGAUCUAAUGAAUAAUCUUCUAACUGAGAAGCUACUGCUUGAACUCAGUAGUAUGCACUUUUGUACCCUGUACAGUCCACGUUCUGUACUAGAAAUAUUGGUUGUGUUCCGUAAGAUAAGCACACAGUGCCAUCAAGUGUCAGAUCAAGUUAUUACCAGCACUGAAAUGAGAUACAAGCAGUGGAUAAACAAGAUACUGCAUUCACGACAGAGGCAUAACUAUCUACGCAUGUUAAACAGCAUUAAAUUUCUGUCUCCUGUGUUACGUCUGAUUUUAAUGUUGAUUAUUCUGGAACUAAUCAACAUCCAUACUGUUUGUCAGAAGAAUCCUUGUGAUUAUCAGCAAUAUAUAAAGUUUCUAAAGUCAAUCUUGCAGUAUACCGAGAACUUGGUGACAUACACGAGGCCAGAGAAAAACAAAUGGGAUGAAUCCAUGGAGCUUACACACAAAGCUUUGAUAAAAAUUAGGACUUUCACCGAGAGAAAGCUAACAUUAAUGCAGCUAGCGACACAAGUGAAGCUGUCUUGAAAACACUUUGUUUCUGUUACAUCUCAAAAUUAUUAUUUUUUUAAUGCCUCAAAAGUUAAUGUGACCAAAAGUCCUAGAAUAUGUCUACUCCUUCCUUUGAGAGCAGCUUCCAUCAAAAUGCCUUUGAAACCAGAAUGUGGCAUUUACGUAGCAACAGUGUUGCUGUUUGGAGUUGGAUAAUUGUACUUCCUGAAAAGGGAACAUUUUGUAAAGUGCACAAUGAGACACUGAGCUCUUACCUCAAAAUGAUUUGAAAUGUAUCUAUUAUUUAAGUGUACUAUGUGCUUUGAAGAGUGAUAUAUAUAUCACUAUAUAUAUAUAGUGUACCUGAAAAUGACCAGGAAAACAACUGAAAUAAAUAUAUUGAACUGAAAAAAAGCUUUCAAUGUGGUGAAGCUAAUAUUUGGCCAUUUCUAUGACCACAUACAACCCAUUAUCUCUCACAUGCCCUUAAACACAUCCCCCAACAACAACAACAAAAAACCAACAAAACCAGGUUACAACAUUUUGAGUUAACAGCAUUUCCUGAAAUCCUUGUUUGCUGGUAUUAGCACAGAAAUGGGCAAACAUUGGGGUGUGAUUUUUUUUUUAAAAUUUUGUCUAGAAUUUGAAACUGUUUACAUGUGAAAACACUAACAUAUUUUUGUGUUCUUAGCAAUAAGUAUUGAGCACAGUAUUUAUUAUACUCGACAUGGUACCAUUUUUGGUUAGUUUAAUUUUUCACUUUAUCUGCUAGUGCCAGUUUUUAAUGUUUCAUAGUUUGGGUAGAAAUUUGGUUUUGUACAUUGAAAAUCUGAAAACAUAAAUGUUCAUCUUGAUCCUAAAAGUGAUAUGUCCUUAUGUUGCAUACCUCAUUUUUCUUUGUUUUUCAAAAAUUAUGAAAAUAAAUUUCCCUUCUCCCCUCUCCCCAACCCCCAAAGAAAGGGGCUUGCAUCAAUUCAAUAAACAAGCCAUCUACCAAUGAACAUUAAUCCAUGUGUCUUUCCUAACGGAUGUAAAACAGAUAAAUGCCUCUUGGUCAGGUCUCCAUUUCUUAGUAUUUAUAUAUUAGUAGUGUAAGAGGCUUAUUACAAUAAAAGAUUGACUUGUUUAGUCUGAAGAUCA